AUGGUAACUAACAUAGAGCCUUGCGACGAUGGUAACUGUAGCAUAGAGCCUUGCGACGAUAGUAACUGUACCAUAGAGCCUUGCGACGAUAGUAACUGUACCAUAGAGCCUUGCGACGAUAGUAACUGUACCAUAGAGCCUUGCGACGAUGGUAACAUAGAACCUUGCGACGAUAGUAACUGUACCAUAGAGCCUUGCGACGAUAGGAACUGUACCAUAGAGCCUUGCGACGAUAGGAACUGUACCAUAGAGCCUUGCGACGAUGGUAACUGUAGCAUAGAGCCUUGCGACGAUAGGAACUGUACCAUAGAGCCUUGCGACGAUAGUAACUGUACCAUAGAGCCUUGCGACGAUAGGAACUGUACCACAGAGCCUUGCGACGAUAGUAACUGUACCAUAGAGCCUUGCGACGAUAGGAACUGUACCAUAGAGCCUUGCGACGAUAGUAACUGUACCAUAGAGCCUUGCGAUGAUAGGAACUGUAUAGAACCUUGCGAUGAUAGGAACUGUAGCAUAGAGCCUUGCCAUGAUAGGCACUGUAUAGAGCCUUGUGACGAUAGGGACUAUAGCAUAGAGCCUUGCGACGAUAGGAACUGUAGCAUAGAGCCUUGCGACGAUAGGAACUAUAGCAUAGAGCCUUGCGACGAUGGUAACUGUACCAUAGAGCCUUGCGAUGAUGGUAACUGUAGCAUAGUACCUUGCGAUGAUGGUAACUGUAGCAUAGAGCCUUGCGAUGAUGGUAACUGUAGCAUAGAGCCUUGCGAUGAUGGUAACUGUACCAUAGUGCCUUGCGACGAUGGUAACUGUACCAUAGAGCCUUGCGACGAUGGAAACCGUACCAUAGAGCCUUGCGACGAUGGUAACCGUACCAUAGAGCCUUGCGACGAUGGUAACUGUACCAUAGAGCCUUGCGACGAUGGUAACUAA